AAUUACGCGCCGUCUGUCUGAUGCAAUGCUUUGCUCCGUUUCGGCUUUAAGCUUGACUUCUUUAUGCAGCAGUUUUCCAAUAAAAAUUUGGGCUUUAAGAGAUGGCGGCGCACGUCAUCGGAUCUUACGAACAUUUUUAUUUGACAGCCAUCAUCAUUUACACAACGACCUACUCGCCACUUUACUCAACAACCUUUUCACUAAUAUGACUUCCUCAACAUCCGCUGGACCAUCAAAUUUGGUCAAUAUCACAUCUCCUGAUCAUUUUACAUCAUUGAUGUCUUCUGAUUUAAACAGAGUUUCACUUUUAAACUUUUGGGCAUCAUGGGCAGAACCAUGUGAACAGAUGAACGUGGUGGUAAAAGAAUUAGCAGAAAAGUAUCCGCAAAUCUUAUGCUUGAACAUCGAAGCAGAAGAACAACCUGAUGUUUCAGAAUCAUUCGAUGUCGAUAGCGUACCUUCGUUCAUUCUUUUACGUGGUCAUACCCUUUUGUCAAAAAUUAGUGGUGCAAAUGCAGCAGCAUUGAGUGCAGCCGUCGCUUCUCAUGCACCAGGCUCAAACGGAUCAACAAACGGUGGACCUUCUUCUCAUACAGCCUCAGCUCCACAAGCACCUCCUACCAAUUAUGCAGCCGUAAACGGAACACAAUCAGCUCAAGGUACGAUCGGAGAACAUUCUAUCCCAGAUGAAGAAACACCUGAACAAUUAGACGAAAGAUGUCGUAAAUUGAUGGAAAAGAGUAAAGUUGUUUUGUUCAUGAAAGGAAAUCCAGAUCAACCAAGAUGUGGUUUCAGUCAAAAAACUGUUGCUUUGUUAAAACAAGAAAAGGUUUCGUUUACAACUUUUGAUAUCUUACAGGAUGAAUCUGUUCGACAAGGCUUGAAAAAGUUGAACGAUUGGCCAACUUUCCCACAAAUUAUCGUCAAUGGAGAACUAAUCGGUGGAUUGGAUAUCUUGAAAGAACUGAUAGAGACGGGAGAGUUCAAACAAAUGCUGAACGAGUAGGAG